CUCUCUCUUUUUUUUUUAUAAUUGCUACAGAUGGAAAAACGAUUUGCAUACGAAAUAUUAGCAAAGAUUACAACCUACUUACGGGAUGAUCAACAGGCAUUAUUACAGCUUAGUCGGACAUGUAAAAGAUUGCACACGAUAUCGACGCCAUUUUUGUUUUGUUCACCUAAAUUUGAUACAUUUAGAAAAUUUGAAUCAUUUGCAAAUGCAUUAACUUUACUUAACGGCACUCAUGUCAGAUACUUGGAUCUACACAUGGUACCCCAUCGUUGGGACUCAUCCAAAAUUGAUGAAAUUCUUUUCAUGAUAUCUGAGAAAACAUCUCAUCUUGAACUAUUAAAUUUAGAUCAUUGCUCUCAAUUAACAAAUAAAGCACUAAUUAAAAUUCUAAAACCAUUACAUCACUUACGAAUCUUAUCUAUUGAUCAAUGUAGGCUCAUUACCGAUGAAUCAAUCAAAGCAAUCGUUUCAACUUGUCCAAAUCUUCAAAAACUUUAUCUGGGUUCGACCCGUAUCACAGAUCAAGCAUUAAAUUUAAUAGCUACUAAUUUGGUUCACCUAAGUCAUCUUUAUAUACCUGAUUGUCAACUCAUUACUGAGCUUGGCAUUAAAAUAGUAACUGAAAAGUGUCAAUCAUUAAAGUAUAUAAAUAUAGAAGAAUGUUAUAAUAUAGUAAGUGAUUCAGUUUUGGAUGAAAGAAUGAAUCAGUUCAUUUGGCCAGCACUAAAUGACAGGGCAACAUUUGAAGAAAGCCGAUCCAAUGUUGAUCAAGGAUCAAUAUUAGAGCAACUAGAGGAUGAAUGGACUGAUGUAGAAGAUGAAGAAGAGGAAGAGGAAUAAAAUUCACUAUAGACAAACCUUUGCAUUUUGUAUAUUUAUUAUUAGCAUCAUUAAUCAUAAUAAAAGACUGGUAUUGCUUUAUAAUUAUUAAAAACAAA